GUGUGCCGGUAUUACAGGUUUGUUCUCUAAAACAAAAAGAAGGGAACAAGAGUUUUUCAUAUCUUACCUCUCUCUCUCUCUCUCUCUGUUGUAAAAUGUAUGCAUAAUGACAGUCAAUGCUUACCCCGAUCACUAUUUGCAUCAUUCCCCACAACAGCCUUCUCAAGCGAAGAAGAAAAAGAAAGAACACCAGAUCGCAUCUCCUGAUACAUCAUCAAUGACCACCACGACCACCGACAAUAGUCCUCGAGAAGCUGCUUCUUGUUCCCAACUUGCGGAGCAUAUCAAAGCUAAUCACUAUAAUCCUUCACUUUUGGCAUCCUCUUCACCGUUCUUGUCAGCUUUAUUACGAGACAUGUCGGCAUCAUCAACAACAACAGCACAAAAGCGACUAUCAACAUCAUCGUCAUCGCCCACCGUGUCCUCAAGUCGGACCAUCUCAUCUUUGACAUUAACGCAUCAACCAUCACCGUCAUCAAGUCAAAAAGAAGGCGACACUGCUGGUUGUUAUAAUUACGAUGGCAAUAUAAGCGAGCAUCAUGAUUGCCGCAGUAGUCAGCAACAACACCGAAUAGCAGCAGUAAACAGCGUCGUCGAUGACCGAGUAUCGAUCGAACAACUCCAACGAGUAGUCGAAAAACAAGAGCGAGAAAUUGCACUACUUAAAUCACGCCUUGCCUUUGCAAAUCAAAUACUCCAAGAUGCAAACGCCAAGGCAGACAAGGCAAUCCAAGCACGACGUCAGACUGAAAACGAGCUUGAAGAAUUAUCGGCACAACUUUUUGAGCAAGCGAACGAAAUGGUAGCCAAGGAACGGCGUGCUGCCAAGGAACAAAAGGACUCGGCUAAUCAUGAAUUAGAGCAUGUACGGCAACUUUUGGAUCGCGAGCGCUCGCUACGACGGCACUUGGUCUAUCAUAGCAGUGACACAAAAACAACGCUAUCGUCGUCCUCUUCAGCAAAUGAAGACAAUGUGGAUCACUAUAGUAACGAUGGUGAUGCUUCGAUGAUUCAACCACUGAUGGAUACACACGGUCUUGCUCAAUUCCGAGAUUUUGUCCAGCGCGUCCGUUGCGUGUCUAUAGAUCACGUGCACCGACUACCCUUUGUCAAACAGUGUCUUGAGCAUGAUGUCUAUCCAUGCGUACAACGAAUGAAAAAGCUAUCGACUCGUAAACUGCUCAAUUCACUUGUACGGCGGCCUUGUCGUGUUGUCAACAACAGCAUCAAACCAGAAACUACAGUAAUAACAACAUCGACAUCGUCACCAUGCUGUUUCGGAUGUGGUACACCUUUCCAGCGUCGUUCUCGGUCUCAUCACCAGGAAGAAGAGUUCUUCCUAUUCCGGCUAAACGACAAUGAUUCCAAAUCACCAUGGCACCGAAUCGAUCGUCCGUGCAAAGAGCGCCUGGUAGCUGUAUCGAAUUUUUACGAGUUUGUUCGUCAUUUGCAUCUGGGCCUUCAAGGUCAACAACGUUCCAUUGAAAGCUUAUUCCAUGAAAUGGUCUGGUUGCGACUGUACAUGUUUUGGGCGCGCUCUGGCAUAAUUGCUAUCAAUAAUAGCAGCAGCAGCACUGACAACGACAACGACAGUAUUUCAGUAGAGUCUACUAAUUUAGUCACGAUAUCCAAAUUAUUUGAUGCACGUUGUUCGUACCAUUUUUGAUCAUACGACCCUCCUCCAAAGCAUGCCUGUAACUCUGCUACUAGUUCUUUCCAUUUUUCUCACCCUGUACAUACAAAAUGUUUUUCCAUACAGAUAUUACAUUCUUCUUUUACACCUGUCAACUUCUCUUUCUCUUCCCAUCUUGCAGUGUACUGUCUACUAUCACGCCUAAUGAAUGAAACAGUUCUCCUUUUGAUAAUAUUGUAGUAGAAAACACAAA